AUCUCCUCCCGCCGGCGCUGCCGCCGGAGGAUGGACGCCGCGCUGGGGCAGACAGUGCAUCAGGACUGAAGGACUCCAGCCCUCGGGAGAAGCCUGUCGGAAUUCAAGACCGGGAAGAGCGAUCGGUCCAACCUUUCCCCACUCGCGGUUUCGGGGACUGGUCAUUUCUCAGUCCCUGGAGAGCGCGUCCUUCCCCAGGGAAGUGAAAAUAAUGAACUUUUGGAGGUACUGCCUUUUUGCUUUCACGGUCUUCAGUGCGCUUCUAUUUGUGAUACUUUAUAACAGCCAGUUACACCUGCCGGCGAGGUUCGGGUCGCUGAAUGGCUCUAGUCACAAGUACUUCGGACUUAAUGCCUGUGGUUACGCCUUAGAAGAUAAGGCUUUUUUUUUGUGGGGGAGGACCUUGCCCUCACCUUUGGGGAGCGUCCCGUGCAAGGACUACCUGACCCAGAAUCACUACAUCACCAGCCCCUUGUCGGAAGAGGAAGCUGCUUUCCCAUUGGCUUAUGUCAUGGUCAUCCAUAAGGACUUUGAUACUUUCCAGAGGCUCUUCCGAGCUGUUUACAUGCCCCAGAAUGUCUACUGCGUUCAUGUGGAUGAAAAGGCCACCGUUGAAUUCAAGAAGUCAGUAGAGCAGUUGCUGAGCUGCUUCCCAAAUGCUUUCCUGGCCUCCAAGAUGGAGCCGGUUGUCUAUGGGGGGAUCUCCAGGCUCCAGGCUGACCUGAACUGCCUCAAAGACCUCGCGGAGUCCGAGGUGCCCUGGAAGUACGCCAUCAACACGUGUGGGCAAGACUUCCCCCUGAAGACCAACAAGGAGAUCGUUCGGUAUCUGAAAGGCUUUAAAGGGAAAAACAUCACCCCGGGGGUGUUGCCCCCAGCUCACGCCAUUGGACGGACUAAGUUUGUGCACCAGGAGCACAUAGGCAAAUACGGCUCUUUUGUGAAAAAUACUAAUAUUUUGAAAAGCUCACCUCCGCAUCAGCUGACCAUCUACUUUGGCACUGCCUAUGUGGCCCUGACCAGAGAGUUUGUCAACUUUGUCUUCCACGACAAAAGGGCCAUUGAUCUUCUACACUGGUCGAAAGAUACUUACAGCCCCGAUGAACAUUUCUGGGUGACACUUAAUAGGAUUCCAGGUGUCCCUGGCUCCAUGCCAAAUGCAUCAUGGGCUGGUAACCUCAGGGCUAUAAAGUGGAUGGACAUGGAAGAUAAACACGGAGGCUGCCAUGGCCACUACGUACACGGCAUCUGUAUCUACGGAAACGGAGACUUGAAGUGGUUGAUUAAUUCGCCCAGCCUCUUCGCUAACAAGUUUGAGCUUACCACGUACCCCCUCACUGUGGAAUGCCUGGAGCUGAGGCUUCGAGAAAGAACCCUAAAUCAGAGUGAAACCGUAAUUCAACCCAGCUGGUAUUUCUGAUCCCCUGUAACACGGGCUCAGCAGGCGCCCGAGGCCGGGGAGAAGAGCCUUGCUUCGUGCGAGAACUCUGCCUCGUUUAGGGGAGGAGGUGCCGGAGUGAGGUUAGGGCUGCAGAACCUGGCCGUGUCGUUCUGUGUGAAGACAUCUGUGGACACUGUGAACUCUGCCAUCAGGGUGGCUGCCCGGGGCGAGGCGAGCCUUUUGGCCUCACCAGUGGCCUCCCGAUGUUCCUUCCAUGUGGGGCUGAUGCUCUGAUGGGUGAUAAAUUGAACUGACGUCAGACCUUGGCACCAGAUGCUCACUGGAGAGACACGUUUUCAUGAAAAGGAGAACUGUAGAUAAGAAAAGGAGAACUGUUGAGGGAAAUAGGAAUUGUGUCUCUUUGAAGGAGUCUUCUCUGACAGGUCUGUAGCUACGCAUUCAUGGACACAAGUCCUCUCUGCUCAGCAGCGCGGAGGCAUAGAAACAGCUUUCUGGGCAACUCAGCCAUGUCCUUUAGAACUUGAGCUACGAGAAGGGAGAACUAGGUCUUGUUCCCGAGUUCCAACACUAGCAUUUCCAGUUGACUGUGUCUGGAGUUCUGUGUAGAAAGUAAAGUCAUUGACAGGAGGCGGGAUAUGCUUUUCGGACAGUGGCCACUGCUUCCUGCUUCAGCAAAGGGAUCCCAGGGAAACUGGACUUUUCUUGGGGUGUGUCUAGAAUGUGCGCUAGUCCCCCUGCCGUUGCUUUCCAUGGAAAACGCCGAAACGUUCCCAAGAAUGAAGAUAUUUCUAGAAGAGAGGUGCUAUUGCAUGAAUCUUGUCCUGAGUCUCUAGCCUCAGAAUGAGUCACUUUCCUCUUUGGUCACCACCCUCCAUCCCCACCGAAGUGAUCUUACCUGCAAAAUGGAGUCCAGUUUCUACGCCAUGAGGCUUCAAGGACUCCAGAGUAUUCUCUGAGUAGGUUUACAGUGCUUAGUGCUAGUAAGAGCCACUAGGUUUCUAAGAGCUCUCCACUGUGAGUGAGCUUCUGUGUCACCGAUCCGUCGUCUCGUUCCUUUAUCCAACUCAUUCAUUCAGCAUGCAGUCAGUACAUAUUUGUUGAGUGCCUGUUGUACACCACACCCAUCUUGGACACCGGGAGAAAAGGGAGACAGAAGCUUUUUCACUCUAAAGUUCUUGAUAAUAGCAUCGACAUCGAAAAGGCAGCUGUAGAGAAUCUCCUGGAUUGCUUGUAUUUUAAUACUUUCAUGUGCAAAGUUAUAGAUUUGGGAUAUCAGGCCAAGAAUAUGAGUAAUUAGAAAUCGAGGUCUGGCGGUCCCUGGGUGGCUCAUUCUGUUA